GUAGAAAAAAGAGAGAGAAAAGGAAGAAAGACUCUUGAAAAAGAGAAAAAAGGUUCUUCUUUUUGUUCAUUGAAUUGAGUGGAGAUCUGCAAAGAAAAAAAAGCAAAUGGCAAGUUUUGCAGGGACAACUCAGAAGUGUAAGGCUUGUGACAAAACUGUAUACUUGGUGGAUCAACUUACUGCUGACAACAAGGUUUAUCAUAAAGCUUGUUUCAGAUGCCACCAUUGCAAGGGUACUCUCAAGCUGAGUAAUUACAACUCCUUCGAAGGAGUUUUGUACUGCCGGCCUCACUUUGAUCAGCUUUUCAAAAUGACUGGAAGUUUGGAUAAGAGUUUUGAAGGAGCUCCAAAAACAGUCAGGGAACGGUCUGAUCAGGGACAAUCAAACAGUAAGGUUUCGAGUUUGUUUGGCGGAACUCAAGAUAAAUGUGUUGCUUGCAAGAAAACUGUUUACCCCCUGGAAAAGGUUGGAGUGGAUGGCACUUCAUACCAUAGGGCUUGUUUCAAAUGCAGCCACGGCGGCUGCGUGAUUAGUCCAUCAAACUAUGUAGCGCACGAGCUGAAGUUGUACUGUAGGCACCAUCACACCCAACUCUUCAAGGUGAGAGGUAACUUCAGCCAGAUGGAAGACCAUGAAAAAAACUAAAGGGGUGACUGAGAGCACAAUAGCAUGAGCCAUGCAAUGCAAUGAACUUUUUCACAUUCAUUUGAGUUUUAAAUAUAAAGGGUAAUCGGCUUUCAGUCGAGAGUUGGGCCAGUUUGGUGUUCUGGUUCACACAUACAGUUCAAGACUUAUCACAUAUAUCUAUAUAUGACAUCUUCGCGAAAGUCAAAAGAAGAGUUUCCUUCAUUGUCUGUUUUGGUCUAUCAGUAUGUGCUGUAAUUACACUAAUACAUUUUUAUGCUUCUACAAAGUGCACAAUGUAAUCGCUGUUGUGCUUCUGAAA